UGCUUGGUGCUGCGUAGGGUUGAAGAGAGUUCAGGCUUGAGGUCGCCGACUGUUGAAUCCUUGGGCCUGAGAGCGUCACUUUCUGUCUGUCCAUCAGGAGAACAUGGAGGGGAGUAAAGUCUUCAUGAUGUUGUGCCUGCUGAUGCUGUUCGUGUUGUCUGAAUCGUCCAAGAGCUCUGAAGAUGUGCGAUGCAAGUGCAUCUGUCCUCCGUACAGGAACUUGACUGGCCACAUUUACCACAAAAACGUCUCCCAGAAAGACUGUAAUUGUCUGCAUGUUGUGGAGCCUAUGCCAGUGUCCGAUCGGGAUGUGGAGGCUUACUGUCUGCUGUGUGAGUGUAAAUAUGAAGAAAGAAGCACCACUACAAUCAAGGUGACAAUCAUCAUUUACCUUACUGUUGUUGGAGCGCUACUAGUGUAUAUGGCAUUCCUGAUGAUCGUGGAUCCACUUAUCCGAAAGUCGGAUUCAUACAUUCAGCCUCUGCACAAUGAGGAAGACACUGAGGACACACGUCCAUUUGCUCCAUCCCAUGGACAAGCUCGUGCCAACACUGUUCUUGAGAGAGUGGAGGGAGCCCAGCAAAGAUGGAAGCGUCAAGUACAGGAGCAGCGCAAAACUGUCUUUGACCGGCACAAAAUGCUCAGCUAAACGUCACUACUUUCAACUCUCUGUGGUUCAGGCCUAGUCAUGUUUUUGCUUUGAAGCAUGGAAGUUGGUUUGAAAUCUAAAAACUUGAUGCUGUCUCCCAGCUUUAUUUUAACCAGCCCGGUUAAGUGUAUCACACAUCAAUGUGAAGUAUUAAACAGUUUGCGUGGUAUUCCCUUUGAGGAUAUAUCUGUGUAAAGUGAAUUUCUAAUGUCCUCUUUAAGUAUGGCUCCCUAAUUAAAUGUUCAAAAGAUUAAAAUUCUGCACGUGUAAGGAAGCCUCAGCAGCAAGAUAUAUAUUAGAGCUCCAUUGCCAAAACAUGAUCCAAGCUCUGCCUGCUUUGUCUGAUAAAGGGAUGUGGUGCGAGACGCAGUCCCCUCCUCUGAUGUGAAUUAAGGUACUGCCUAUAGUCUUGUGCCCCAUUCACAUUAUAACUAAAGGGGAGUUGCUUGCUCAUAUCCCCAAGGUGCCUCGAGAUUGCAGUUCAGAAUAUUCAAGUAUAGGGAAGGAAGGCCUGAGAGACAGCAGUAAGUGUUCAGAUUUUUUUCUUUAGCUUUCAUUGUCACUCCCUGUGUGUGUGUGUGUGUGUGUGUGUGUGUGUGUGUGUGUCGCUGUCUCGCCCUUCCCCCCCCC